AUGGAUGAUCUUGAUGUGAGGGAACUAGAACCAAUUUCAUUGUUUAAUCAAAGUCCGCAAGCUCAAGAAUGUUGCACAUUUUAUUGCCAGUCCUGUGGUGAAGUCAUAAUAAACAACAGGAAGCUCCUAAGGGUACUCCCACUACCGAGUGAAAACUGGGGAGCUCUAGUUGGAGAGUGGUGCUGUCAUCCUGACCCCUUUGCUAAUAAGCCGCUUCAUCCACAAGAGAAUGACUGUUUCAUUGGAGACUCUUUCUUCUUGGUGAAAUUAAGAAACAAUUCAAGGCUUCCAGGACCUGAACUAGACCAAAUGGAGACACAUUCUCUUUCUUCUGAGAACCGUUAUGAAUUGAAACCAAAGGCAAAUACCAAAGUAAUUUGUAAGCGUUGCAAGGUAACACUGGGAGAAACCAUGUCAUCAGAAACCAUGAAGUUAUAUAUGACAGAGGUAAUUAUUCAGCCGUCUGAGAGAAAUUUUCCCAUUCUACCAAGGUCUCAGUUUGUCCAGAGUGUUAUUGCCCAGUGUCUGGUGGAACUCUCUUCUGCUAGAAGUACUUUUAGAUUCACUAUUCAAGGUCAUGAUGGGAAAACAUAUAUCUUGUUAUGGCUUCUAAACUCAGACAGUUUGGUGAUUCAAUCUUUGGGAAAUUCCAAAAGUAUCAAAAAAUUCCCCCUGUUGGAAGACGAUUUGAAGGACGAUUCCAGUUCUGUCUGGAAUGCCAUCAAGGUCUUAUACCAGCCAUGUAUCCAAAACAGGAAUGAAAAGCUUGCCAGUUCAUGGGAAAGUGACAUCAGUGUCCACUCUCUAACUCUGCCUGCCACAACCUGCUUGGAGCUGUUGUUGAUACUGUCGAGGAAUACCGCCAUGCUGCCACCAUCUCUUCGCUGUAUGAAUGCCUUUCAGAUUCCCUACCACAUGUACGGCUCUUCCCUGACUAUAUCUGCCUCUAGUGAUUAUGUUUAUGAUUGA